UUCAUCAACCUAGCUACCAUCCUCAUGGCUGAAAUUCACACACAAACUCCAACAAUCAGUCCCACAACAAGCAAACCAUGCAACAACCCUCCACAACAACACAGCCUCAACUCAAUGGUUCUCAUAGCAGCUAUAGUAUGUGCUCUACUCUGUGCUCUUGGCCUCAACACAAUGCUACAAUGCGUGUUCCAAUGCGCGAACCGCGUCCUUACCGAACCUCUCCAAUGGAUCGCUUCUCGGAGGCGCAACUCCGGACUCAAGAAGAAAGAUAGAGUUGCUUUGCCAACAUCAGUUUAUAAUACUCAUUCAGGUGGAUCAUCAUCAACUCCUCAAAGUUUGGAUUCUAGUUGUGCUAUUUGCUUAGCUGAGUUUUGUGAUGGUGAUAAUAUGAAGAUGCUACCAAAGUGUAAUCAUCGUUUUCAUGUUGGUUGUAUUGAUAAGUGGUUGCUUUCUCAUUCUUCUUGUCCUACUUGUAGGAACAUAAUCAAGUCUCGUGAUUCUGGACACUGCUUAAGCAUUGUUAUAUCAUAGGUUUUUUUUGUUAUGUUUGUAACAAUUUUCUUAUCAUUGUCUAGGUACUAUCUAUGUUUAUUUGUUCUUGUAGUUUUUAGGAAAGAAUAUGUUUUGGAUUACAAGCAGAAUCUGUUUUAGAAAUAUUCAUAUUUUAUGUUAAAA